UUUAACCAUCCCAUCAUCCCAUGAUCUCAAACUACCGUUCUUCAAUCCCUACCGUUCAUUUCAAACUUUUGUUAUCACCAUCAACAAGCUUCUCUACUGCUCUUACUCAAACCGCCAAAAAUGGCCAAAAACACGACCGGUCUGAAGAAAUCCAUGAAUCUCUCUUUCUGGGUCGACCCGGAGCUUCGAUGGGAACUGCUAGCUCAGCCGUUCAUAGCGGUUCUCAAUUAACCCAGUCCUUCUGUUCAGGUGCCCUCAAAGUCUCCGCGAAAAUGGGUUUUAUUAAUCAAGGAAAACAACUGCAUUCCCACUUGUUAAAGUUAGGAUACCAGGACGAGCAGUCUAUGCAAAAUCAGUUGCUAAAUGUGUAUGUCAAGUGCAAGGAGUUUUAUGAUGCACAGAAGUUGUUUGAUGAAAUGCUUGUUAGAAAUGUGGUAACGUGGAAUACAGUGAUUUGUGGGACGGCUGAGUGCAGCCGUAGUAUUAGGUGUAGCGUCCAUUUGGGAUUUUUCUAUUUUAGGAGAAUGUUGUUAGAAAUGGUGGUUCCCAAUUAUAUAACAUUGAAUGGUUUGCUGCGUGCUUGCUUGGAUUUAAAUGAUGUUCAGAUUGGCAAACAGCUGCAUUGUCUAAUAGUGAAAUGGGGAUUUCAUUUGAGUUGUUUUGUCAGCAGCGCCCUUGUUGAUUUAUAUGCCAAAUUUGGCUUAGUUGAAGAUGCACGGUGCGUUUUUGAGCAUGUAAUUUCCAGAGAUUUGGUGUUGUGGAAUGUGAUGGUGUCUUGCUAUGCUUUGAAUUGUUUGGGAGUAGAGGGUUUUAGGGUCUUUAAUUUGAUGCGGUUGGAAGGUGUGAACGGUGAUGAUUUCACAUUUACUAGUCUGCUCAAUUCCUUUGGUACAUUGGGAACUUGUGAAUUGGGGAAGCAGAUUCAUAGCCUCAUCAUAAAACUGUCAUUUGGUUUGGAUGUUUUAGUGGCCAGUGCACUUGUUGAUAUGUAUGCAAAGAAUGAGAGCAUAGAUGAUGCUAAGAAGGCUUUUGAUGAGAUGAGUAUAAGAAAUGUUGUGUCUUGGACCACUAUGAUUGUGGGGUAUGGACGGAAUGGAGAUGGGAAGGAGGCUAUGAAACUUCUUCAGAAAAUGCGUAGGGAAGAUUUUGACCCAGAUGAGCUAACUCUAGCUAGCAUCCUUAGUUCAUGUGCCAAUUUAUCAGCCGUGAGUGAAAUUGAGCAGAUUCAUGCACAAGCGUUUAAAAAUGGAUUUCAAGCUUUUUUGUCAAUCGCAAAUGCUCUAAUAAAUGCUUACUCCAAAUGCGGUAGCAUUUCUAAUGCAUUCCAGUCUUUUAUUUCAGUUCCAGAGCCUGAUCUUGUUACCUGGACUUCAAUUAUUGGGGCUUAUGCCUUCCAUGGUCUUUCAAGACAAAGCAUUAGUAGUUUUGAGAAGAUGUUAUAUAAUGGCAUGAGGCCAGAUAGAAUUGCUUUUCUUGGGGUUCUUUCUGCUUGUAGCCAUGGAGGCCUGGUAAGUGAAGGGCUUCAUUACUUUAAUCUAAUGACCAGCGGCUAUCAAAUUGUGCCAGAUUCUGAACAUUAUACUUGUCUUGUUGACCUUCUUGGGCGUGCUGGACUUCUUGAUGAAGCUUUUGAUGCAUUAAACUCAAUGCCAAAUGAACCUGAGUCAAACACCCUUGGGGCAUUCAUUGCAGCAUGUAUAGUUCACAAAAAUGUAGGAUUAGCAAAAUGGGCAGCAGAAAAGCUUUUUGUAUUGGAGCCCAACAAACCUGUAAACUACACUGUAAUGUCAAACAUGUAUGCUUGUUCUGGGCAUUGGCUAGAUGUGGCGAGAGUUCGCAAAAUGAUGAAGAGCAGAUGUGACAAUAAAUUUCCAGGUUGUAGCUGGCUGGAGAUUGCUGGCAAGGUUCAUACUUUCCUAUCAAGUGAUAAAUCCCACCCACAAGCUGUAGAGGUGUUUAGUAUGUUGGGAUUGUUGAUUAAGCUAAUGAAGGAGGAUGACAAUGUUUCCAGCACAAGCAUUGUACUUGACAUUGUAGGGGAUGAAUAUCUGCUUAAAGAUGCUACCUGAUUUGGAACAUGCAUUACAUGGAAUAAGAUAAUCUUUAACAAUCAAAUAGUAAAUGCAGCAGCAAGACUAGAACCCCGGACCUCCUAGCAACCAUGGCUUUGAAACUAUGUUAGGCAACCGCUUCACCAAAAUGUUUAAGCUAUUACGUUCCGGCCAACAAUGUGUAUCAAGCCUUAGCAGCUUGCUUAACAGACUCUACAGUCUGAGAAGCAGCUUGCUUCACAGACUUCAGGUCUGAGUGGCUACAGGAAAUGGUUUUUGACCAUACUGUGAGUUUAGCUCCUUAAUACCAUUUCAAUUUGAGAGUCCCUUGAAGUUGAAAUCAGGGCUUGCUGUCAAUGAAGGGACAUAUUUGGCAGUUCUCUGUUUUGCAACUGCAUGGUUAAAGGUGGAGAGUGAUACCCAGUCACAUGCAUGUUGAAGGAAGCUAAGUGGCAUCAGGAUCUUUCCCCAGGGAAAAAAUGGUGCAGACUUAUCAGAAGGAAGCUUGUGGCCAUUUGGAUCUAUUACUUGAUCGAGAUUGGGCGUGGACUCAUGGUUGCUCGGAGCUAUCACUGGUACAACUCUCUUGGUGUCUCAGAUUAGGGAAUGGUGUAAUGACAAUGGUGUUGAUAGAUUUAGUGUAUGGCACAGAUUCAUCCACACUGAAAUCAAAGAAUCGAUCUUCACUACAAUUCUCCCCCCUGAAGAGAGGGCUUUUGGAAGUAAGGAGUGGUUUCAAAGAACAUGACAUGAAGGCUAACAAACAAUUUUUUUGUGACAUGAUCAUAAAA